AUGGUUUUAUUGAAUUCACUAAGAGUUAUCCCACCGGAAGAUCCUUUAGGAGAGGAUGCGACUGAUCAAUCGGUGUUGGAGGUGAUUGAGGUGUUCGUGGAUGUGUUUGCCAUAGAACCUCCAGAAGUUUUCAUUGAUGCUACUUUGCUGCAUGAGGGUAUGUUGAUAGAGGCAAAUGAAAACAUGGAGCUAAAUUUGGAUUUGAAUUAUGGCCUAAAAGAGAUGCAGUUUGAGGCUUUGGCGCAUUGUCUUGAUACUUGGAGGAUCUACAUGCUGGAUAGGAAGUUUGUGGCGAGGACUUGUGGGCUGCAUAAUCACAUGCACAUAGACUUCCAAGAGCGUUUUAAUGAGUUGAUGGCAAAUGCGACUCACUCUGUUUCUUUUGAUUCAAACCUUUCGGAAAAUGAGUUAGAAGAUGAUCCAUGGGUAAGCUCAGCAAUUGAUAACAUUAUGAGGAAUGUUAUGUUUGAAAAAUGGGAUGAAAACCCCGAGGCUAAUGAGGAGCCAAUAAGGGAAUAUGAGCAUAUGGUGGAGACUAUGGCCGGCAUAAUUGUGAUCUCAAGUGACAACGAAGAGAAGCCUAUGGAAGAGUCUGAGAUAGAGGUGAUCCUAGUUGAGUUAAGCGAUGACAAGUCCAUGGAGGAGAUCGAUGGAGAAGUGGUUUAA